CUCCCUCCGUCCCUCAUCAGCAUCACUCCUCCUGCUGCUGCGCCGCAUUAGCCUCGGCUAACCCCGGACUACACUUCCAAACCCGACCGCCUGGCUUCCAUAGUGCUCUGUAGGAUAUAAUAAAAAUGCCAAGUGUCACGGUGAAAGAUGUCAACCAGCAGGAGUUUGUCAAGGCUUUGUCAGCUUUCCUCAAAAAGUCUGGCAAACUAAAAGUCCCAGAGUGGGUUGACACCGUGAAGCUUGCCAGGCACAAGGAGCUGGCUCCCUGCGAUGACAACUGGUUUUACACCAGAGCAGCAUCCACGGCCCGUCACCUGUACCUGCGAGGAGGGGUGGGCGUCGGCUCCAUGAUCAAGAUCUACGGCGGGCGUCAGAGAAACGGCGUCUGCCCCGCCCACUUCAGCGUGGGCUCCAGGAACGUGGCGAGGAAGGUUCUCCAGGCUCUGGAGGGCCUCAAGAUGGUGGAGAAGGACCCCAAUGGUGGUCGGAGACUUACCCCUCAGGGCCAGAGGGACCUGGACAGGAUUGCUGGUCAGGUUGCCUCGGCAAACAAGAAACAGCGAAGUUUACAAAGCGCCAUCUGAGGAAAGCAUGCAAAGAAUCCAGACAUGUGAAAUGCAGCUAUGCCUUACUGCUUAUUUACUCAAGUUGGCUCGCCUCCCAUAUCAAUCCAGUGAACGCAGCGACCGAGUGCA